CUUUCUUUAACACCACUGCUUAUUCAAUCUUUAUGUCAUUCUUCAUUCUUGGCAUACAAUCCCAUGAUGAUAUCAUCACUAAACUCCUAACUGAUCCCUCCAUCACUUUACCUGCAUCAAAAGACUUCGGUAAUGUCACUGAAGCCUCUCCGGCCAUUGCCGUUCUCCGUCCAUCAUCCAUUGAUGAUAUAGUUACUCUCGUGAAAUUAUCUAACAUGGUAUCAAAGCCAAUAAAAAUUGCCGCCAGAGGCCAUGGCCAUUCUCUCCAAGGCCAGGCUAUGGCCCCGGGAGGUGUUGUCAUAGAGAUGAGGGCUCUCGGAGGAGAGAACGAUGGUCGAAUAGUCGUGUGUCCGGAGGAGAUGUAUGUUGAUGCCGGUGGUGAGAAGUUUUGGAUCGAAGUGUUGCAUGAGACUCUUAAAUAUGGGCUUGCACCGCGGGCAUGGACUGAUUAUCUUUAUCUCACCGUGGGCGGCACAUUGUCAAACGCUGGGCUUAGCGGCCAAGCAUUUCUUCAUGGUCCUCAAAUAUCUAAUGUUUUCGAACUUGACGUUAUCACUGGGAAGGGAGAGAAGGUUACAUGUUCAGAGAAUUAUAACUCAGACUUGUUCUUUGCUGUUUUGGGAGGUUUAGGACAGUUUGGGAUCAUCACAAGAGCUCGAAUUGCCAUCGAAGCAGCGCCUGAUAGGGUGAAAUGGGUGAGGCUCAUUUACACUGAUUUUGUCGCAUUUACGGAGGACCAAGAAAGACUUAUAUCAAGAGAAGGGAAGGACGAAAAAGGUUUUCAGUAUGUGGAGGGUUCAAUUCUCAUGGAUCAAAGUCUUAUAAGCAAUUGGAGGUCUAGUUUUUUCACAGGGAAAGAUUUGGUGAGAAUUGGUGCACUUGCAGCUGACCAUGGACCACUUUACUGUUUAGAAGGGUCCAUCUACUACAACUUGGCUACAUCAUCUUCCAUUGAUAAGGAGAUGGAAUCGGUGAUCGAAGAGCUAAACUUUGUUAAAGGAUUUGUGUUCACUAAUGAUGUCUCAUACUUAGAUUUUCUCAAUCGAGUGCAUGAUGGAGAACUCAAACUUCGUUCGGAAGGACUUUGGGAUGUUCCUCAUCCUUGGCUCAAUAUAUUUGUCCCUAAGUCCAGGAUUUCAGACAUCAAUGAAGGAGUCUUCAAAGGCAUUCUCAAGAACAAAGACCCUAUGGGUCCAAUUCUUAUAUACCCUAUGAACAAGAACAAGUGGGAUGAAAGGAUGUCAGCAGUGGUUCCUGAUGAAGAAAUAUUCUAUUCGAUCGGACUAUUGCGGUCAGGGAUUCGAAACUUACAGUAUUUACAGGAUCAAAACAUUGAGAUACUAAGUUUCUGUGACAAGAGAGGCAUUAGGUAUAAGCAAUAUUUACCGCAUUACACUUCCCAAGAAGACUGGAAAAAACAUUUUGGCUCUACUAAAUGGGACACAUUUGUUAAGAUGAAACUCAAGUAUGAUCCAAGAGCUGUUUUAUCUCCAGGCCAAGGAAUUUUCACAUCUUCUCUUGUAGGUCACGUCUUUGAAUAGACAUCUAUCUAUCUAUAUAUAUAUAUAUAUGUAAGGACAUGUGAUAGUGUAAAGUUUAGGACUUUUUAUGCAUUUAAUGUUUAGUUUCUAUUUUUCACAAAUGCAAUGACAAGGUCUUAAUUUCCUUCAAAAUGUUGACAAUGUGGUACUUGAAUAUCUACACAAAGAUCACAUUUUUGAAGCUUUUGGAAUAGAUGUUGAUAUCAGAGGUUACAAAUUAAUAUCACUU